AUGCGCGGUGGGGGCGGCGAGCCCGUGGCUGCCCGGGCAGGGAUGGCCGAGGGGAGCUCUGGCAGCUCCGGCUCCCCCGGCAGCCUCCACCCGGGGGUCCCGGGGGCCCGGGGGGUGCUGGGCAGACGUCCCGCUGCCCCCCCCCUCACCCCGGGCCGCCUGCCCUCCAUCCGCUCCCGGGACCUCACCCUGGGGGGUGUCAAAAAGAAAACCUUCACCCCCAACAUAAUCAGCAGGAAGAUCAAGGAGGAGCCCCGGGAGGAUGUUUCUGUCAAGAAGGAGAAGAAGGAGCGGGACCGGCAGCGCGACGGGCACGGCCGGGGCCGGGGCCGGCCCGAGGUCAUCCAGUCCCACUCCAUCUUCGAGCAGGGACCCGCUGAGAUGAUGAAGAAGAAGGCAGGCUCCUGGGACAAGACCGUGGACGUGCCCGACUUCGGCCCUUCCCACAUCAUCAACAUCAAGAAGGAGAAGAGGGAGACGGACGAGGAGACGAAGCAGAUCCUGCGGAUGCUGCAGAAGGAUGACUUCCUCGAUGACCCGGGGCUCAGGAACGACAUCAGGAACAAGCCAGUGCAGCUCCCGCUGGCCCACUCGGGGUGGCUCUUCAAGGAGGAGGGGGCGGAGCAGGAGGACUCCCAGCCGUGGCUGCCGGGAUCCAGGGAGGAGAGGAUGGAGCUGGACCCGCCAGCGGUGAAAGUGAAAGAGGAGCCAUGUGAGGACGAGCCCAAGCUGUCCCAGCCCAAGGGCCCGCCCGGGUUCCCCCGGGACGUGCCGGUGGCGGAGCUGCUGCAGAGGCUGAGCCUGCAGGCCGAGGAGGAGCUGCUGUUCCUGCAGCUGCCCGACACCCUGCCCGGGCAGCCCCCCACCCACGACUCCAAACCCAUCAAAUCCGAGCUGCACAACGAGGACGGGCAGGUGGUGGUGGUGAAGCAGGAGAAGAGCCAGGAGGCGAAGCAGGCGGAGAACACGUGCACCCUGGCCGACCUCCCCGAGGGGCAGGUGGGGAAGCUGCUCAUCCGAAAGUCGGGGAAGGUGCAGCUGGUGCUGGGCAAGGUGACCCUGGACGUGACCAUGGGCACCCCCUGCUCCUUCCUGCAGGAGCUGGUGUCCGUCGGCAUCGGGGACAACCGGACGGGCGAGAUGAUCGUCCUGGGCCACGUGAGGCACAAGCUGGUGUGUUCCCCGGAUUUCGAGGCUCUCCUGGAGCACAGGCACCGGUAGCCGAGGGAUUCCCAGCCUCCCCAGCCCGUGGGGACAGUCCCUGCGCGCCCUCAGCCCCCCCUAGAUGUGCCUUUGGGGUGUGGGGAGGGGUCUUGUGCAGCUCUGACCCCCUCCCAGCCCCGCGGGGGGUCCGGGGUGUCCCCCCCAAAGCUGCUGCUUUCCCCCUCCCUGUGCCAAAGGGGGAUUUUUGGGUGUGUGGGACUGUGGGGUGUCCCCCCACCUCAGCUCCCUGGUGGCUGUGGAUGCACUGGUGGGGGCGGGACACACGUCAGGGGGGAGGAACAUGGAAUAAAACAUGGAAUAAAACAUGGAAUAAAAUGUCUUUUC